GCCACUAGAUGGCAGCACUCGAUCGUCAGUGCGUUGCUAGCAUCAGCCUUUAGUUGUCAGUGAGAGAACAGCUACACUCAUCUGAGCUGAGUUUGUUGUCCAGAUUUUUGGUUUUCAAGCUAAAAAGAUGGAGGAGUAUCAUUCUGGAGAUGAAGUGUCUUUCAGUCCAGAUGAUGCAAGUAAUGUUGUAAAGGAGUGCAUUGAGGGUAUUAUUGGAGGCGUGGACUACAGCCAGAACAAAGUCAACCAGUGGACAGCCAGCAUAGUGGAACACACUCUCACUCAAUUAGUCAAACAGGGGAAACCCUUCAAGUACAUUGUCAACUGUGCUGUGAUGCAGAAAAGCGGCGCAGGUCUUCACACAGCCAACUCUUGUUACUGGGACACUACCACUGAUGGAAGCUGCACAGUCAGGUGGGAGAACCGCACCAUGUACUGCGUCGUCAGUGUGUUUGCAGUGGCUAUUGCACUAUGAACAGGAAUCAGGGCGGAGACAUACACAAACACAGAAGGAUAAAAACACCUUCACUCUAACCAUCACAUCCUCUGCUUCAAUACUGGUUUAAAACCAUGUUCAAUUUGUCAUGUUUUGCCUAAUCUAUAAACUUUAAACUGUAUUGCAAAUGCCUGUGUACCACAUUGUAUGUUUAUUUGCCAUUUUUGUUUAAAUUUUAAAAUUUUUUUUUUUUUGGACUUGCAAAGGUAACGUGCACCUUUGCUCUGUAUAGGAUGAAAUGCAAAUAUGUUGAUGCUUAAUUAUUAAAGUUGUCUGAUUUGGGUUUAUCAAUCCAAAAUAAAUA